UUUGAAGGCAUCUUCUGGGCGCACCCUUUAGUUUAAAUAUGGCGGCCUCAGCAACAGCACAAGAUGCCGAGCAAUUACUUGCAGAUGAAUCACUGGCAGAGGAGAGGUUGUUAGAAGAAUUAGAAAAUGAAGAGAUCCCAGCUCACAUUCGUGAGGCAAGACUAGAAGCUCUGAAACGUCAAGCUCACCAGUUUCAAGAAAUGAAGACCAAAGGAUAUGGAAUCUAUAGUGAACUGACAGAAGAAAAAGAAUUUUUAGAUCUCACAACAUCAGAAGAAAAAUGUAUAGUACAUUUCUUUCAUCCCGACUUUAGACGCUGUGCAAUAUUAGAUGGUCAUUUACAGAAACUUUCAGAAAAAUAUUUUGAAACAAAGUUUGCAAAAAUUAAUGUAGAAAAGGCCAAAUUCUUUGUAGAAAAGCUGAAAAUCCGCAUUCUUCCAGCUCUUUUUUGUUUUCGUGAAGGAAAAGUAAUAGACAAGUUAAUUGGUUUUGAAGACUUGGGUGAUUCAGAUCAUUUUCAAACUGAAGCCUUAGAAAGAAGACUGGGGAAAUCAGGAGUGAUAGAAUUUGCUGGAGAGGAGGAGGAGAAAAAGACUGUAUUUGGUUAUCAGAGACAUGGUGGAGGUAGCGAUGACAGUGAUGAAGACUGAUAUCCAUGCUGUGUAAGAAUCCUGGGAUUUGUAAGAUUUGAACAAGCAGACAAAAACGUUUUUUUACCCUUUUAUGCUCAUGAAUAGUUUUGCCUACAACCUACACAUGCCUCUGAAUUUAAAUCUACCUUGUUUUACUCUGACUGAAUAUAAUUAGAAAUCUUCUCAAUAGAAAGGGUUGACUUAACUUUUAGAAUAUGUCCAUUGGAAGUCCCACUGAGACUGAAGUAUUCAUAAGUGUUCAGAUCUGAUACAACUGCUUGUUUUAUGGGAGUGCAUUUUGAGUAAAAGUACAAAACAAGUACAAAAUAACAUUACAAUUUCUUCCAGCUAUUUCCUUGUGUAAAGCCCUGAUAUUAAUCCUGUCUCAGUCUCUGGUAAAUUUGUGGUCAGUGCUUGUCUACUGACCUGACAGGUGUUUCAUGUAGUAUUAAUCACUAGGAAGAAAUUGUCAUUCUUCAGAAUUAAUUUGAAACAUGUCUCAUUAUAUUUGGGAAUGCCUUGAUUUCUUGAGGUUAGACACUGAUUACUAUUGGUAGGUUUAAUAUUUAUAAAGCAGAACAUUUUCCUGUAGAGCAGGUGUUCCUAAGUGCUGUGAACAUACAUACUGCCAAUAACUCUAGUUUUAAUUGAAGCUGUAUUGGCAUGUAUUUUCAGUUAGUGCUUGGAGAUAUGGUUCUGUCAGGGAAGUCUCUUUUGUCAUGCUAGGUUUUUUACUUGAUGUAGCUGAAAAUAGCCUUACUAAUUAUGGAAUGACGUCAGAAGAGGAUCUGACGUGAUUUGUUACUGAAGCAUGUAAAGUACUGAGGUCUGUUCCCCAUGGUUUGGCAACCAAUGGAGUUUUCACGCACUUAAUUUAGCAAAUACUCUAUUACUAUGUAGGUAGUGGAAAAUUGCUGUGAUUUUAACAAAAUGAUUUUUUCCUAUGAAUGGACCAUAAUGAAUAUGAUUGGAUAUCUGUACUAUCACGUUCACUUAUCACUUUCUGGAUGUAAUUUUAUGAAAGGGUUGGAGCAUUUUUUACAUUGAAAAAAUAUGAAAGGUUUGCAUGUGUUAACUUUAUCACUCCAUUAGUUCUGUAGUCAAUAUAAUUGAAAGACAUUUUUAAGAGAGAAAAAAAGAGUAUUUAUUGAUUGUGUAAGGACGAGUGGUUUGUAACUAAGAUAUAUUUCCAGUAACUUGGAUAUAGUAUCAAUAAAAAAACAAAA